AUGGGGAGCCUCGCCAAAGAGAGGCUCUUCGCCGCUCUCCUGCUCGCGUGCGUGUGCUUUUCGGUCGCCCUGCGCGCUCCAGAGAAGGACCGCGACCUGUUCAUGGUCCGGACGGUGGAUCGCUUGUCGCGGAGCACGCUAGGACACGUCGGCGAAAUUCUGAGAGGUGGUCCGAACGCGCACGCCGCACGCACCCGCGAGCUCGGCUCGCUGCGCGCGCUGGUGCGCCGAGACCUCGCGGGCUUUGCGGAGGAGCAGCGGAACGGCACCGCCGGAUGGCGGAUCUGGAAUGGAGGCGAUGCGCCACGCGGCAGGUACCCGUACGCGGUCAGUCUCCGCGACCAAAGUGGGAAUCACUUGUGCGGUGGGACGCUCGUCACGUCCGAGCUCGUCGUGACCGCGGCGCACUGCGUCCACGAAGAGACAGGGCUGAUUGACGGCGUCGAGGAGAUCGUGGCCUGGUGCGGGUGGUACGACGUGAACGACGAUCCAUCGCAGUUCCAGAAGAUCCCGUCGUCCCGCGUCGCCAUCCACCCGGCGUUCGACAGCAGCACUGCCGAGUUCGACAUCGCUGCCGUCCACCUACAGACCCCGUGCAACCAGCGCCCCGUCGCGGCCGCCACCGACCCCGGGAUGCCAAACGACGGCCACGUCGUCACCGUGCUCGGCUGGGGCCGCACCGAGACCGGCCGCCGCGCCGACCGCCUGAACCACGUCGACAUCAUGGUCACGGGCGACGCCGCGUGCAACUCCCCCCAAGCGUGGGACGGCGCGAUCACGCCCGCGAUGUUCUGCGCGGGUGGCGGCAUCUUCGACUCGUGCGACGGCGACAGCGGCGGCCCGGCCGUCAUCGCGGGCACCGCGGCCGCGAACGACGUGCUCGCUGGGGUGGUGUCCUGGGGCAAGGCGGUCCGGUGCGGCGAGCCGGGCAAGCCCGGCGUGUACACGAAGCUCAGCGACCCGGCCAUUCGCAGCUUCCUCGAGCAGGAGGCAAACGCCGCGGCGCCGGCGCCGCAGGACACCAUCGGCCUUGUGGCAUCAGCGCUCGCCGCAAUGGAAGCGGCGUCCGACCGCGACGCGGAUCCGAUCCCUCCUGCAUCGGGGGGUGUGCCAGGGGGAGUCGAGUCGGCGUCGGCUGGGCCGCCCGACGAGGCGCCGGGGGGCUACGCGGCGCUCGUGGCGGAAGUCAACGCAGCGCUUGCGCGGUCGCCCGGCCUCAGCGCGCCCGACGUCCCGGGCUUCGCGUCCUUCCGCGGCAAGGACAUCACCACGAGUGCGCGCGGGUUCGACCAGCCAUGCGCCGAGUCCAUCUGGCCGAACGGCUGCCAGGUCCUGGGCGACGCACAGCGCCUGGCGGAGCUGUGUCGGCAGUACAGCUGGUGCUCGGCGUUCUCGUGGCUGCCCGAGGGGUUCGGGGCGCGCACCGAGUCCGUGGGGUUCUUAAGGGGGGGGUUCGGGUGGACGACCGACGCCAUGGUGCGCAACACGUACGCAGCGACGUACGUGCGUCAGGACCCAACGAGUCAGGCGCAGGACACCCCCCCCGCGGCGUGGCCUGAGUCGUGGUUCCGGUCCGGCGCGCCGCGCGCAGGACCCGCGGCGAGCGACGCUCCGCGCGGACCGGGCGGGGAACGGGGCGCGUAG